AUGGGUCGACAUAAACGCAAAUCUAUAAAACAAUAUUCAGAAUGCACUAUAUGUAAUAAUUCUUAUUCGACUUCUUCUUCGGUGAUUCCUCGUUGCUCUGUAGAUUCUCUUUCAUGCCAUAAUACUAUUUGUGAUUCAUGUCUUCAUAAACAUAUCUUGAAUUCUAUUUCAAAAAGUUUCAUCAAUCCAGUAUUUUGUCCUGGACUAGCAUGUCGUGCUAAACUAAACGAAAUAACUAUUCGAAAAGCACUCGUUCCAUUUGGUUAUCAAUCUUUAUGGGACGACUAUGUAUUGAGAUCUAAUUGGUCUGGAACAAGUAAAGAAUGGAUAGAACAUUUUGCUGUUAAAUGUCCUUGUUGUCGAGUACCGAUUGAAAAAAACGGUGGUUGCGAUUAUAUGGUAUGCAGACAGUGUGCUCUUCAUUUCAAUUGGAUGCAAGCGAAAACUGGAAAUUAUCAUACAAUUAAAAUUUGUAUUCGCUUUUGUUUUUGUCCUAUCACACUAUUGUUAAUACUAAAUAAAAUGAAUCCAUAUGGUGGAAAUCCUUUUACUGGCAACUCUCCAUUUCAAUAUCCAGGUUCAUUUCCUCAACAAGAUUUUGGACAAUUCGGUAAUAAUGGAGGAUAUUUCAAUGGUUUAGGUUCAUUUCCAACAGGGAAUGCACAUCAAGGUAGUUUUCCAUUUUCUCUGAAUCCUCCUACUCCUGGCUUUCGUCAAACACCGUUUAACAAUCAAUUCGGACAAGGUUUUAAUUUUCCACCAGCAUCUGGUGGUUCUGAUGCUUAUCAACAAUCUCCAUAUAUGCCUCAAUUUCCUCGAGCAUCACAACCUCCAUAUACGCCUCGAUUUCCUGCAGUAUCACAACCUUCAUACGUUCCUUCUUUUCCUCCUGAACAAAAUCAAUUUGGAGGUUCCAAUUAUUUUGGUAGUGGCGCCUAUGGCCGAAAUCGAUCUCGCCGUUCGUCUCGUCAUCGAUCCAAACCACGCCAUCGCAGUACUUCAUCAUCAAGCAGUAGCGAUGAUAAUCGACGUCGAGGUUCACCUUUUGAUGUUGCCGACAAUGCUUUUGGUAAUGUUUCAUCUUAUCAAAAUAUGCAACCAAGAAUUGGUUCACCUCUCCUAUCUCCUCGUCUACGUGAUUGGUAA